ACGUAUUUCAUGGAACGACAAGCCACUCUGAUGCUGCCAUUAAUGGAGCAGGCAACCCUUCGAUUCCCCACCCAUCUUUGCAGCUAUCUGUCUCGAGCUCUCUGAUCACUCGCUCACUCGAGGGCGGCCCAACAUUUUUCCACCCUUAAAUACUAUUUGUUGUUGGUGCAGGAACAGUGAACCUUUGAAGCCAAUUUACUGCAGCACAAACCCGGCCCCCUCCCCCUAUAUCUACUCCCAUCUCCACUCUUUCAUUUUCGAACCUACUUUAUAUACAAACUUCUCUCUCUCUCUCUCUCUCUCUCUCUCUCUCUCUCUCUCAUGGCUUUUCAACCCAAUACUUCUCUUCAUCUCAGCCUGCCCAACAAUCAGCCCAAUCUAGAUCUUUUCCUCGAGCCGUCACCUUCUUUGUCCUCAUCACAGGGUGGUCAGGCCGAACCUCGGAUAUUCUCUUGCAACUACUGUCAAAGGAAGUUUUAUAGUUCUCAAGCGCUUGGCGGUCACCAAAAUGCUCACAAGCUAGAACGAACAUUGGCCAAGAAAAGCAGGGAGGUAAGUUCAGGGGGCGCCCGAGCUCAUGGAGGAUCAAACCAUCGGUCAUCAUCCGGAGGAUCCAAUUAUAGUGGUUCAAGUCACCUUCGCCACAUUCAGCCACCUCUAGUCGGGUUUGAACAUCAUGGAAAUGCUAGUAGGUUUGCUGCAGAUACAUGUAAUGGGGGGAUCGGAGAUAUGGAUCACUAUAAUUCAAGAGAAGGGGCGGGCUCUUGGAGGAGUAAGGGCUACACGCCUGAAAACGUCCAAGAAGAGUUAAACCAGCUGGAUUUGUCUUUAAGGCUAUGAAUUUAAAGUACUGCACUCACAUUUCGAAAUUUGAUUUCCCUUUUUGUAUGAUACACUACGAUGCAUUCUGAUUUAUAAUCAGGAUAGUACUAUACCUGAAGGGAUGCAUGCAUUAAUAAUGCUGCUGCGCUGAAAAGAUCCCCAUCACAAUUGGAGAUGCUGAGUUUCUAGUGUCAGAUAACCUUGCCCUCUCUUUACUCAAC